AUGGCGAACGGUGGCGGCGCGGUAGUGGGCAACACUGGCAAGCGACUUCCUUCCAAGCUGCAAUGGUCCAGGAAGACUAUCUUCCUCGCGAGCGGCCUCAACCUCGCAGUAUAUACGAUUCUCGGAUCAUUCUCUGGGCGGGGAGCGGGUCCACGUCACCCGCUAACUCUCCAGCCGUCGGAUCAAGCUAUCAAGCAACGUGAACCAUCAGAUUGGGAUCCUCGCGGGUCGCACCCGUUAAACCGUGAACCGGGCGCUCGCAAAUGCUCUGGAACCCACACCACCUCCGCCUCACCGCCUAGCGCGCUUCAGCCGCGGCGCCUCCCGUCGGGCCACCGCACGCCGCCGAGCCUCCUGUCGGGCCGCGACGUCGCGCGCGCGCCGAACUGCCUGCCGGGCCGCGAAGGAGGAGAACCCGCCGCGAAGGAACAGCCGCGUCGAUCUGCCCGCCGUGCAGCCGUACCGAGCCGCUGGUCCUCCCUCGCCGGCGCGACCCGGUGUCGGCCCUCCGCCUGGGCCGCAGCUCGCGCUCCACUUGGCCGCCGGCCGCACCUUGGCCUGGCCCCAUGGCCGCGGGGCCUCCAGUCCGGACCGCCGCUGGCCACAGCCCUCCGCGUGGCGCCGCCGGCCGCGCUGGAGGAGGCCCCAACCAAAGGGAGGCAGUAUAACCCGUGGCCGCCGAGCCGCCACUCCGGCCAGCCGCUGGCUACUGCCUUGGGCGCCACCGGCCACGCUGGAGGAGGCCGGAGACUACGUCCAAAGGUAGGCAGCAUUCCUUGCCGCGCCGCGCCUUCGUGGUCCUGCUCGGGACCGCCGCCGCCGCGCCGCGCCCCCGCUCGGCAGAGGCCUCGCCCGCCGGAGGCCAGAGCUCCAGUCACGACCAGGGGGGAGAGAGACAGAGACCCCGCCACCGGCCCGAGCUCCGGUCGCGACCAGGGGAGAGAGAGGGAGAUAGAUAGAGAGAGAGAGAGUGGGGAGGGACUGAGCCAGGGGAGGGCGCACGGCACCACGCGCAGCCCUCGCCCGCGCCGGCCGCCGCCGCGCGCGACAGGACUGGCAGCGUAGCGCCAACGGCAAGCGCCGGACCACCGGCAGUCCCGAUAUCGAGGACUCCGGCCGCCUGGUGGGGUUCGAGCAUUGUGCGCUGUCCCUAGCAGGUCGAGCAGUUCCUUACGGCGUAUCGACUUCCACGGUUCCAUUCCCGUUCAAUCCGGCGGAGACGCUACUCCUCUCCAUGGAAAGGAAUCUCCAACCAUUGCAGACCGUUGUUUUCCAGUUUUAUGCCCCCAAUCCAUCUUGCUGCCAGAGCUUAUGCCAGCUGAGAUACCCAUGAUCUAUAUGUAUUUGAUGAAAUGCACAACCGUGAGGCACUCUAUACACUCGUAGCUGUGGCUGAUGAAGGCAGCUCCACGAGAAACUGAAAAAUGCAACCAUCAGGAAGCUAACUAAAGUUCAGCAUGUUAUCUCUUGGGACUGCUCUACCAGAAAUAGAAGCAGGCUGCAGGCAGUUGUCCCCAGCAUAGGCAUCCACCCAGUAGAACACAAUAGAAAAGAGGUUCUCUAUCAGUACCACAUUUCAGAAGUUGAUGUAUACACCGAAAUAACUCUGCAUUGAGGUUAUUUCUGUUAUUAAAAGUUUGUGCCAGCACCGUACAUCUUUAUUUUCGAAAAUAGAAUUGACCUUUGGCAUGAAAUAUUUCAUUAAUAGUUUUAUCAGGGGCCAUGCUUAGUCUAUGAGUCAUUUUAGAUUAUAGAACAAAGUUUUCAUCUCCACAUUCUUGUAUCCCUCCACAACCAUAUUUUAUCACUACCAAAAUGUGUAUACAAAUACAAUGGACCAAUGCAAUGACCAGAAAGCAA